AGGGUGACGGCUCCGCCUCAAGGCCCAGCGAUGGAGUUGAUAGGGGGCUGCUACGAACAGAUUGUAUUCGGGUUCGCCGUACGGCCGGCUGAGAACUGGGCAGUCGCUCCUGAUUUCACCCACCACGCCCACAGUGCUUCAUUGUCAGCGGUUGCUGUGAAUGACAGAUAUGUCGUCACGGGCAGCAGGGAUGAAACGAUACAAAUCUACGACAUGAAGAACAGAGUAGAACACGGGGCCUUGCUGCAACACAAUGGCACCAUCAGCUGCUUGGAAUUCUAUGGCAGGACACACUUACUGAGUGGCGCUGAGGAUGGCUUAAUAUGCAUUUGGAACACCAAAAACUGGGAAUGCCUGAAAUCAAUUAAAGCACACAAGGGACACGCAACAUCUCUUUCUGUUCAUCCUUCUGGAAAGUUGGCUUUGUCAGUAGGAACAGACAAGACAUUACGAACAUGGAACCUUGUAGAAGGAAGAUCGGCUUUCGUAAAAAAUCUAAAACAAAAUGCUCAUCUUGUUAAAUGGUCACCCAAUGGAGAAUCAUAUGUGGUGGUUACAGCAAAUAAAGUGGAUAUAUACCAACUUGCAACUGCUUCUGUCUCUGGCACCAUCGUUACAGAAAGGAGAGUGUCUUCAGUAAGAUUUAUUACAGAUUGCAUACUUGCCAUUGCUGGAGAUGAAGAAUUUGUACGGUUCUUUGACUGUGAAUCACAGGAAUGUCUUUGUGAAUUUAAAGCUCACGAAAACAGAAUAAAAGAUAUCUACAGUUUUAAAAGGGAAGACUUACACAUUCUGGUGACUGCGUCGAGUGACGGAUACAUUAAGAUGUGGAGCAUUGAUCCUGACAAGAUUAAGACUUCUCCAUCAUUGCUAUGUGAAGUCAAUACCAAAGCCAGGCUCACUUGUCUUGCAGUGUGGCUCAAAAGCAAUCUGGAAACUAAACAAACCUCUGAUGAUGCCAAAGGAUCUUCAUCUCAAGUAAGUGAAGAACCACCGGUUAAGAAAAUAUGCAGGACCGACAGUGGUAAGACAGCAGAGAGAGAUGGCCAAGAAGCCUCCAAGAAAAUAAAACCUGCAAAUGUGAAACAAAAGAAGAAAAAGAUGUCACAGAUAUUGAAAUGAAUGUGUUUUCAUUACUGUUUGGUAUUAUGAAUAUGCAAUAAAUUAGCAUUACCAUGU